AUGUCAGUAAUUCAAGUAUAUAUUGAAACUUCUUCAAAUCCUUUCACACCCAUGAAUCAUCAGGUGUCAAUGGCAUCAGUUGAAAGGUCCUUUCUAGAGAAUGGGGAUUAUUUCUUUCAAGAAAUUCAAUCGGAACUUUAUCUAUUCGCUCAGCGUCUAAUCUUUGCCUCGCUCAAAGAUGCGGGAGAUCGCUCUCAGGUAGAACCAUUGUACCCCUCAAAACUGUGGAGAGUGAUAAACGGGCUGCGAGUGAACUUAGAGAGGUUACGAGUUUAUUCACUCGGGACAGUUGGCCAAAAGGUCUCGCAAUCUGCUUCUGCAAGGUGGAUCCCUCCAAGGCAGGGGUCUCGCAAAAUCAACUGUGAUGCUUCCUUUGUUCCCCCUUUUGAUUAUGCAGGAGUGGUAGUAGUUUGUAGGGACUCCAUGGGUCGAAUUGUGGAAGGCAAAACAUGCAGGGAGAGGUCCAGGUGUGUGUUAUAUGGUGAGAUGGUUGCUAUUCAAGAGGCUGUAUGGAUGGCUGAUAUGACGGAAUUUGACAAACAACAAGCUUUAAAGAAAAGAUCAAAAAUUGAUACAAGGCUAAACCGUGCUAACUUUCCUGAACCAUGGACUCCAUCAGCUCCUCCACAACAUCGGAAAAGUCCUACUUCUCCAGUUCCAUGUUCACAGGACCAGUGUGAUUCAGGGAGCAGACUGGGGAUGUCUGUUUACAACAUCCUCAGAACUUACACACUAGAACAAAACCUGGGUAUACUACAAUGGGCUUAA